GGACAAAGCCAUUUGUGUAAACAAGCAGCCUUAUUGCCGCGGAAAUGUUGCUCUUGCCCACCACCAACUUAGGGUUACGGCCAAGGACAUAUGAAGCUACGCACUCAGUCUGUUCUCUAGAUCUACGAGUCAGUGUAGUAAAGCCUUUACGAAAUGCCGCGGGGCCAGCACCGCAGCAGACGCAGCAGCAGCGGCAUGCCUCCUUACUUUGCCCUCGGCGGAGCCACCGCCAGCAUCGUUUGCGCGUUUGUGCUCAGGCGGCACCAGCAGCACAACAGUCAAAGCUAUACACAGCGGUCUCUGCUGGCAAGCCCGAACCUCUGGGCCCCAGUCGCACAGCCGCUGGAAUCAACUUCGCGCUGUUCAGCCGCCACGCCACGGCGGUGAAGCUGUGCCUCUUCAACUCCGACCUGCAGCAGGUGGAUGAGGUGGACUGCAAGCGCACAGGUGACGUGUGGCACGUGGAGCUGGUGGGGCUGCCGGGCCGCGGGGUGCCGUACGGCUUCCGCGUGUGGGGCGAGGGCGGGUGGGAGGCGGGCCACCGCUGGCAGCCGGACCGGGUGCUGCUGGACCCCUACGCGCCGCUGGUGGCGGGGCGGCGCAGGUUCGGAGUGCGGGACGAGCGGGAGCAGUUCCGGGGCAAGGAGGGCAGUCUGUUCCUGGGCCAGUACGACUUCGACUCCGCGCCCUACGACUGGGGCCCCUCCGAGGCGCCCGCCGCCCGCCCCAGCCAGCAGCUGCGCGAGCUGGUGAUCUACGAGGUGCCGGUGCGCUGCUUCACCGCGCACACCUCCGCGGGGCUGCCGGAGCUGCAGCGGGGCACCUUCGCGGGGCUGGCGGCAAAGGCCCCCUACCUUGCCUCCCUGGGCAUUAACGCGGUAGAGCUGCUGCCGGUGUUCGAGUGGGACGAGCUGGAGUUCCGCCGCCGCCCCAACCCGCGCGACCACAUGACCAAUGUCUGGGGCUACUCCCACAUCUCCUUCUUCGCGCCCGCGACCCGGCUGGGCAGCGGCGGGGCGGAGGGGCCGGAGGCGACCACACGGGAGUUCAAGGACAUGGUCAAAACCCUGCACGCCCACGGCAUCCAGGUGCUGCUGGACGUGGUGUACAACCACACCGCGGAGGCGGACGACGCCGACCCCUACACUCUCUCCCUGCGCGGCAUCGACAACUCCGUCUACUACAUGACCGACCCCACCCAGUUCGUGCAGCUGGUCAACUGGUCGGGCUGCGGCAACACCGUGAACGCCAACCACCCGGUGGUGUGCCAGCUGGUGCUGGACAGCCUGGUGCACUGGGUGCGAGAAUACCAUGUGGACGGGUUCCGGUUCGACCUGGCGAGCUGCCUGUGCAGGGACGAGCGCGGCCGGCCGCUGCCCGCUCCGCCCCUCAUCCGCGCCAUCAGCAAGCACCCGCUGCUGUCACAAGUGAAACUCAUAGCGGAGCCCUGGGACCUGGGCAUGUACCAGGUGGGCAGCUUUCCCAAUUGGGACAUCUGGGCCGAGUGGAACGGACGCUACCGAGAUGACCUGCGCCGCUUCAUAAAGGGAGACCCCGGCAUGAAGCGCGCCUUCGCCACGCGGCUGGCGGGAUCCGCAGAUCUGUACAACACCAACAACCGCCGGCCGUACCACAGCAUCAACUUCAUUACUGCACAUGACGGUUUCUCGUUGUACGAUCUCGUGUCGUACAACGGAAAGCACAAUGAGGCGAAUGGCGAGGGCAACCGCGACGGCUCGAAUGACAACUUCUCGUGGAACUGCGGAGUGGAGGGCGACACGAGUGACCCAGGGGUCACUGCGUUGCGGCAGCGGCAGAUGCGCAACUUCCUAGUGGCGUUGAUGCUGAGUCAGGGCACACCCAUGAUCGUCAGCGGUGACGAGGUUGCCAAGUCCCACGGCGGCAACAACAACUGGUACGGCCACGACACCCCCACGGCGCACCUGCAGUGGCUGCCCCUGGAGCAGCAGCAGGCGGCCCUGCAGCAGCAGCAGGGGCAGCUGGAGGGCGCCGCGCCCCCCCCCGCCGCCGCCACUGCCAGCCCCGCCGCUGCGCUGCUGCGGUUCACCAGCCAGCUGAUUGCCUUCCGCAAGGAGCACCCCGCGCUGGGCCGGGAGACGUUCAUGGGCCCCGGCGACGUCACCUGGCACGAGGACAACUGGUACAACGACGACAGCCGCUUCCUGGCCUUCACGCUGCACCACGCGGGGCCCCAGGGCGACAUCUACGCCGCCUUCAACGCGCACUCCUUCCCCGUGCCCGCGCACCUGCCGCGCCCGCCGCCCGGCCGCAAGUGGGCCCGCCUGGUGGACACCAACCUGCCGCCGCCCAAGGACUUCACGCCAGGCGGCAAUGCAGGGGUGGAGCCGGUGUACAGCGUGCAGGCCUACUCCUGCAUCGUGCUGAUCGCCAAGCCGCUGUGAGGCAGCAGGGACCCCUGCGGACCCCGGCCAGCGCCGCCGGCGGGUGUGCUCGCUGGCUGAGGUGGAUGCGCGAGCUGGGGGUGAGCUCCCUGCCAGAGUGCGGCAGGUCCGUGUGCGGCAGGGCCGCUGCACUGGCACCUGGAUGCGUCCCGCGGUUAGCCCCGCCCCGCGGAACCCGCCAUUGAUGGGGUGAGAUAAUGGGGUUUGUGGCUUGGGGAGCUUGUAAGCAGCAAGCGGGGAGGGGCUGUCAGCGCGGCGAGCGGGGGGAGGUGGGUGUGAACGCGACAGGUGCACGCAGCAGGUGGUAGGAAGCAUGCGGGCUGCUUGGGUGUUGAGGAAAGGGGCUGCUCGUGGCUGUGUGUGCCUUGCUUCCACCGCGCGCCGACCAAAUGCACCUUUGGGCUUGUGCGUGGUGUGAAGGGGCUGCGUAAAGCGUUGCAUGGCCACCUUGCGUGUGGAUGUUGCUCGCUGGGAGUGGGAAGGUCAUGUGACAGGAGCGUGUGACGGGUAGCGGGUAGGAGGGGUCCUUCCGAGAGUUAGGAGGGUUUGGGAACGUAGCGGCCUCAGGUUCUGCUAGGUUCGGGCGCCAGGUGGUUAGUGGUGUACGGAAAUAUGGUACAGAAGAAGCGCAGCACCGCCGGCGGGCAGACUGUUUGGCUGUUUGGACGGGUAGCGGUCGGUAGCAUGAGACGGAUUUCUUGGGUCGGCGCUGUGCCACCACGAAUAUACGACAUGGCUGUAUGGCUGUAACAACUCAGCCGUGUGCUGUGCGUUGGGGCAGGGUAGGCGCUUACUGCGGCCUACUUGUUUGUUCGCCUUGGGACUUCACAGCCUAGCCCAUCCACACUGUGUGCGGCAUGUUUGCGCUUUGUGUCGUGGACUGUGUGAGGGGCCUUCUUUUAGCCUGCGGUAACUGAGUGAUGAUGGACCGCUACAUUGCUACCCAAGAGGUGGUCACGGGCGAUGGGGAACCCAGCUAUAAGUGUGCAGGCUUGCAUCGCGGAAGUGCAGGUCUGCGCCUUGCUCCUCCUAUAGACCUAGGACCCGGCGAACCAGUAAAGCUGAAAUGUUGGGGCUUCCAAAGCCCCAACACAUCCAAACGCGAGGAAGCUGCAACAAAGCACCUUCGACUUCCUCGUUAACUUGCAGCCGAGGAGCGUA